AUGAGUUCUAGAGCAGCACUAGUAAAGUAUCUGGUGCUAGGGAUUGUGGGAGUAGGCAUUGUUUCUUUUAUCUUCUACAGAUAUCCAGUGCGAUGUGGAGGUGAGAAGAGGCCUACAAUAAAAACAUCUAAAAAGACCAGUGGAGCUAUUGAAAAACAGCCAUUAAAAGAGGAGGCAGAUUGUAUUAGGGAUAAUAAAGAGAAUAUAUCUCCCUUUGUGGAGAGCAGACUGGCCGAUGAUUCAGAAAAAGAAAAAGAAUUUAAGUCUAAAGAAAAAGAAUUUAAUGUAGAGUAUGCUAUAGUUUUAGAUGUACUUGUACCGCAAGAACAAGCUACACCACUCAAAGCGACAGACUAUAUACUAAACCAGUUAAAAUUUAAUGAAGACCAAGCAAAGUUCAGCAAACAUAUUUUUGAGGAUACGACUGAAGAGACAAAUGAAACUUUGCAUUGUUCUAAAAUGGAAGAGAAUAGCUCAAACAUGAGAUUUAGAGUUCCAGAUAUUGCAGAACCAGCUAUUGUAGAGCUAGAUAGAAAAGAUCCCGCUAUUUCACAUAGCUUUGAGUCCAAUGAUGAGUCAGACACUAUUUCACUCAGUUUUGAGUCCUGUUCUGAUGAAAAUUUAGAAGGUGCUGGUGCCAUCUCAGAUGAAGCUGAUUCUGAAAGCGAGCCUGAAUACAUUCUAGUUGAUUUUUCAUCAGACUCAGAAGAAGAAGAAAGUAACACUGAAAAUAAAAAUGAAAAUUCAUAUAGUUAUGUGCAGGACAAGAAAGUCUCGAGCAUUGAAGACAAAUCUUCAGCUGUAGGAGCGCAAAGUGAAAAUGAAGUGAUAAAGAGCUAG